UUAGAUGAGUCACUAGACUGGCGUUUUCCAUAGCAUAUUCAUACUUUUCGAAUAUACUUUUUCACAAAUAUUUUUCUGCUAUACAAAUGAAUUCAAAGAAUAUAUAUCAGUGUAUUUCGCUUAUUCCAAUUAGGUGCAAAUACAAUUGUUGGUGUCUCUUCCUGGAUUCCUCAUUGGUGAUUAUAGUUGUCAUUCAUCCCUCCAACGCCUCCCUGAGUGACGUCAGAUGUGUCAAUCGCCAUUUUGGACUAAAUAGGAAGAUUGUACAGGAGUGCCGUGGGCUGAGGGCAGAGUGGUGCUUACAUAAAAGCUCCCUUUUUCAGGCGACGAAAAGGCGUUUUACCGUUACUGUUUCCCAAGUAGAAACAUGUCGUCUGAGAAUCAAGAGUCCGAGGCGCCACUGGAGUCAGGAGAGGAGAAACAGCAGGACUCCCAGGAGAAGGAUGCCAACCCAGUGAAGUCAGAGGAGGCAAAACUCAAGUCCAAGUACCCCAACCUGGGACAGAAGCCUGGAGGGUCAGACUUCCUGAUGAAGAGACUACAGAAAGGGCAAAAGUACUUUGACUCGGGCGACUACAACAUGGCCAAGGCCAAGAUGAAGAGCAAGCAGUUGCCAGUGGCCGGUCCAGAGAAGGGGUUGGUGACGGGGGACCACAUCCCCACGCCGCAGGACCUGCCUCAGAGAAAAUCCUCUCUAGUUACCAGCAAGCUGGCUGGAUAGAGCCACCCACCCACCCCCCUCACCCCUAUACCUCUACUCCUACACCCCCUCCAACUGAGUAUGCCCCCUCCCGCCACCCUCACCCCAACCCAACUGUCCCCACCAGGUUCCUUAUGAGGGUCUUGAUGCAGGAUGCAGGUCCGACACACAGCCCAUUACUGAAGAUGAGUGUGGAUAAAUCAAUCUCCAGUGUCUCCUCAGAUAGAAACAAUAACUCUCUCAUCACUAACUGUGUCUUCACCUCCACCUCCACCGCCACAUUCAUCCCUUAGUUAACCCCCCCCCCCCCAUGCUCCCACCACCACCACCACCACAGACUCAUCCUUCCCCAGGUCAGCCACAUACCUUAUAGCACCAGAUUGUCUUUUAAAGCCGUAGUGUUAUGUAGAGGUGCACAGGUACUCCUUAUCGAAGGCCAAUAGGUUCUAGCGAUGUGAAAGUUCAGAGGUUUUUUUUUUAGAAAGGGAAUUUUUUCCUAAAUGACUCCCAAAUGUUUUUGCACACAGUUGUGGCCAUUCUGUCCAGGCCUACAAUUAACACUUAGAAAAUUCCUGUUUUGGCUUACACAGGGCCAUAACUUCUUGAACCACAGUAGGUUCUUAAUAUGAGCUCACUAACAACAGUCUGUUUGAAUACACAUGUAAUCUGCCUCAGUGGGCAAUGACUUCUAACACAGGGAGUGACCGUGAUCUGCAUCGCUUCCAGUCGUGUACCUGUUAUCGAUACCAGUGCACCUCUAGCGAUACCUUCACAACCAAAUAUAACCAAUGUUGUCCUGGAUACUGGCUCUGUUGCAUCACAUGUUGUCGGCGUGCUGAUAAGGGCCGUGCAAUAAGGGCCAGCAUCCUGUCCAAACAAUGUAUGGAACCAAAGAAACAGGGACAAUUAGACAAUGAAAAAAUUUAAGUUGAUCAACUCAAGGAUUCUGACGGUUCCACAAGGCCUUUCCUAAACCAAUUGGAAUCACCCUUAUGCAAUCAGAAUGUGUCCAACGCUUGUUCAGUUGUCAGGCAUGUUUAGCUGGUGCUUUCCCAACACACCAGCCAUGUUCAGUGCCCUGUGUGGCUGUUGUCUUGGAUGUAUAACCCAAGUAUUCAUUUGUCACCUUCAGUAAGAAGUAAGGACCCGAAAAAAAUGAGAAUUCAUUCAUGGCGCAUGUUGGAUACACAGUUUUUAUCUUUAGUGAUAAACUAAACACUUGUAGAUGUAGAUGAAAAACAAAUAUGAAUUGACAGAAUAGUUUUCUUUACUCAUAGACAAAUCAAAACCACAUUCCGCGUUAAAUUCCAAUCAACCAACGUCAAUACAUCUGCAAUCAGUCAGGCAUGUAAGACAGUAAACUCCUUACAAAUGCAUAACUAUUCUUAUGAGUCAUGUAUCUAUGGUAGUGGAGAAACUGGUGUGAGGAAUUAAAAGAAUGAAUUUGGUUUCCCCACGUCGUUGCUGCCGAUGCUGGUGGAGCUUCGGUGUCCCACAUCACAUCCCACCUCCUACCCUCUCCACCAGCUGCUCACUGGGUACAAAAAAAUGGUGGACAAAAAUAACAAGACUGUAUCUGUGCUGUACCAUACCGGGCUGGGACAGGCAGCGUUCUCUAUGAUCACUGCUCCUACUGUUGUCAUGACUACUACGCUUUCUGUUGCUGCUCUAACCAAGGGUGGUGGGUGUGACGUCGUCACUAGGAGAGGGGCUGCCUGUGUGGGUUCAAUACAUGACCAUAGCCACUGGAGGAGCACAGCCAGUGACAGUCUUAAGUUCUUGUCAGAGAGGGAGCUGUUUACUCCUGUUUGAGUCGUAAUGCUGUGGGAAUAAUAAGAGCUGAAUCUGUUGCUAAUUCUGUUUGAACAAAAUGUUAAUUUCGAUAUUGUUGGGUAAAGUAAAGAGAGAGAAUGAUGUAAGAAACAGCAGGUAAUGAUGCCAGUUUAUGAUGCUGCCAUGGUCACUAACAUGUGGUGGGAUGGAAAAAGCCAAGGAUGAUGAUGCAAUGGAGUUUGUAUCAAUGGCAGACACAGGAACAUCUCAGGUGUUUAAGGCAGCAUGUAUUACUUAAAAUUGCUUUAAAUAAUGGAUGUUUCUUUCUCCUCCAUUACCUGAAACAGGAAAUACCCCUGAUUAUAUCGUUGUUUUUUGGGGGGGGAUUAUGAUCUUGAUAACCCUUAAUAGAUGGAUCUAAAUUGUUGGUAUGUCAUUUUUUAUGGUUUCCUGAAAUCAUCAAACAUUCACAUUCAUCAGCUUGACUCCAUGUCUGUCUUUGAAAAAAGCCUAAACUGUGAGGCCUUCCCCCGCACAUUUCCACUUUAUUGUUAUAUUGUCAUGGUAACAAAAAAGGUGAAUAUUACCUCAUGUUUUCAAACAUACAGUCCAAAAGGAGAGUGAGAUAUAGCAGCCCUUACUUUCACAGCCAAUCAUCUACCAGGCUGCCAUCUAUCUCAUAGCCAAUAAUAAUUUUGGCUACCUCUUCACCAUUCAAUCAUCAGAUGGCUUGCUUCUUUCAUAUCCAGUCAUCAGCUAUGCUGUCUAUCAUGCCUCAUGCCUCAGCCAGCCACUAUGUUGGCAACUUGGCUGGGCAGCAAACUCGGAGAAUCUUUCCGCUGAGUUCUAGAAAUGUCCAGUUGACAAUGCACGCCCAGUAAAUGGUGUUGAAUGUGGAAAGAUGGCAAGAAACCUACCUAGUGAUCAUCUUGUUCAAUGUAUCACAUGUGUACAAAAGAUUCUGCUCGAGAGAAGUGAGAUGGGCUUUGAGAACCGGGAAAGUCAGGAUGUUGUGCGAUAUGAGUGUAUAUAUUGUUUCUGCCAUCUGCCUUAGUCCCAGCCUCAUGUAAAUAGCUGUUGUUUCUCUUUCGUUUCUGCUUAUAUAUCACAAACUGUUGGUUUCAUUUGUAUUUUGUUUCAUUUUUGCUCGUUCUCUCAUUUUUGUCUUUUGUUUUUAUUUUGUUUGUUUCGACUCCGCUGCUCCCAUUUUGACCUGUGUGGGCAGAAGUAGGAAACUAAAAUAAAACAGCCAUGCAUCUACCGCCCCCAACUAGUACAGUGAUUCGCCUGCAGUGCCCUCCAGAAUGACAAACAACUGAAUAGGCCUAUGUGUUGCUUAUUGUGAACACAGUGUAAACUGGAAUGUAUAGCUGCUAUAUGUAUGGAGAACAGAAAGGUGCUAUACGGAGGUGAUUAACACACAGGGGUAGACCUUGGUACUUCUAAUGUAAACCUAGAGGAGUGUCAUCUUAGGCUCUGGACAGUCCUGCAGGUGGAGGCACUACUGUCGUUAUCAGUGGGAUCAUUGGUGCCCUCUGGCCCAGUGCAAAGCCUUGUUGGGUAGUCAGUAAGCCUGGAAGGGAGAACUAGCCAGCUGUCUGAAGUUAGCAGAGGCUAUGCGGUGUGGGCACACACACCAACUUGUGUCUCCAUAACACUUUCUAGUACCAGAUGAAUCAAGUGAACAAUCCCACAAGCAAAUACCAGACAUAUCCCCCUAUUCUACACUUAGCCGAUCAAGAUUCUGUCUUAAGUCAGCUCGUGUCUGAUUGGCCUUGCUCAUGUGCCGUACAGGGCACGACCCUUCUUUGAUGCAUAGUCAAUUGGAACAGGCCUCUCACUAAAGAUGCUUCUGCAAAAUAGGAAAAGCUAAUGCUUCAUAGUUUCUCCUACAGGGUCUCUACACUACUUGCCAUUGUGAAACAAAUGUUUAUUUUUUUCUUUGUUUAAUUUUAGUUUUGCUGUUGAAUUAUAAACUUACUGCUGUAACAAACAAACUGCAGAUUUGUGCCAGGAAAGGAGUGAAUUGUUGGACUGGAAAUGGGACAAUUAUGGUUGAAAAUGUAGAGAAUGUCUAAUAAUGUCAGUGUGGAAAGGACUUUUUUGUCAGUAUUUGAAAUAAAAUUUUACAUGAA